AUGCGCAACAACGCUGCCGAGAAGCUGCUCAGCACGGCGCGAACGGAGGGUCUCUCGAUCACGGAGAAUGGCUUUGCCGAGUUCAUGGACUGCGCUGACCCCUUGCGGGAGCACCGUGAGGCCUUUCACUUCCCCAAGCGACGGGAGGGAGGGGAUUACGUGUACGUCAGCGGCAACUCGCUGGGGCUGCAGCACAAGGACGUGGAGUCGAGCGUCGGCGCGGCGCUGAAGAAGUGGCGUGACCUCGGCGUGUUGGGGAACUACCAACACCCGAACCCAUGGGAGGAGCUGGAGAGCCUGGGUAGAAAAGAGGUGGCGGCGAUUGUGGGGGCGCAGGAAAGCGAGGUGGUCACGAUGAACUCGUUUGGCGUCAACCUGCACCUGCUCCUCAUGGCGUUUUACAGGCCGAAGGGGAAGCGACGGCGCAUCUUGACGUGGAACCACUCCUCCCCCAGUAGCACGCAUGCACUCAUAUCACAGCUGGAGGCGCGUGGCAUGAAUCCAGCGGAGGAUCUCAUCUUUGUGGGUGCCACGCAAGAGGAGAAUUGGGAAAGCAGUUCGGUUAAUAUUCCCAUAGAACAGUUUCACUCUGUCGUUGAGAAGUGCGGGGAUGAAAUUGCAGUUGCGGUGUUGAGUGGGGUCCAAUUUUUUACCGGGCAGCUGUUUGACAUUCAGGCCAUCACAAAGGCGGCCCAUGCGAAGGGUAUCCUUGUCGGCGUAGACUGUGCCCACGCGGUGGGCAAUGUCCCACUGCAAUUGCACGACUGGGAGGUGGACUUUGCGUGCUGGUGCAACUACCGGUAUCUUAACAGCGGCCCCGGCAACCUCGGGGGCGUGUUUGUGCACAGCAAGCACACCUCGGUGGAGAAUGAGCUGAGACCGCUGCGUGGUUGGUGGGGCCAUGACUGUCGCAGCUGCUACAGUCUGCAACAUAGCUUUGAGCCCGCAGAGGGGGCGGCGGGCUUUCAGAUUAGCAACGUCCCAGCCCUCGGCAUGAUGGCAAUGCUGCCAAGCGUCCGGCUUAUGGCGGAGGUUGGGAUGGGGCCGCUGCGCGAGAAGUCGCUGCUGCUGACCUCCUACAUGGAGCUGCUGCUGGGGGAGCUGGUGCCGCAGGGCUCGAUGGAGGUUCUCACGCCCGUCGACCCCAACCAGCGUGGGGCGCAGCUCUCCAUUCGCAUCCUGCCGAACCGGCUCUCCGCUGACCUCGCGCUGAAGGACGCGUAUGAGUGCGGCACCGGUGAGGACAGCGACGCCGACCGUAUGGAGCGCCACCUCUGCGAAAAGGGCAUCGUCGUGAGCCACUGCCCGCCCAACGUCGUCCGCCUCGCCCCCGUGCCGCUGUACAACUCCUUCAUGGACGUUCUGCUGACGGUGCGGGCAAUUGCGGAGUGCUUCUAG